UUGGUUAAAUCAGCGAAUAUUCGACGAAAUUUUAACGAUGAUGGCAGAAGAUUGGAACGACUGUGCCAAGAGUGAUAUUGAGAUGAACGAGGCUGUAAUCAAAGCGAAGAUAUCGAAUCGUAUCGCCAAUGCGGUCAUGACUCUUCAUACAGUUGUCCCGCUCUUAUACGGCGUGGGCGUUAUUCUGGCCAACGUCGAUGCCACCGAUCGUACGAUCGAACUACCCCACAUUUACAAAGUGGAAGUUCCUUUCAUCAUAAACACGCAAUGCACGUAUAAAAUCGUGUUAAUCGUGGAAUUGAUACAUCUCGUCAUGUGUAGUUGGGCUUUGGGUAUACUAAACGCUCUACUGCUAAUCUUGAUUCUACACGCAGGUGGCCAAUUAAAUAUUCUGCAUUAUUGGUUAACAAAGUUAAUAUUGAAAGAGAAACAUAAAUCUAUCGCUAUUAUAAUGGAGAAAAUUAUUCAAAAACAUCAGAAAAUCAUUUAUUUCGCGAAGAAUGUUGAGAGUCUAUACACGUUUAUUGCAUUCAUGCAAUUCGUAUCAAACACCGUGAUGAUUUGCCUAAUAGGAUUUUUAGUCAUAACAGCGCUAGGGACUGCCAACGCAACAGAAAAGAUAGUACGAACGAUUCCGUAUUAUAGCGUAACGAAUAUUGAAGCGUUCAUAUUCUGUUAUGCUGGAGAAUAUCUAAUCAAUAAGAGCAGAGCUGUAGCAUUAGCUGCAUAUAAUAUCGCCUGGUACGAAUUAGAGCCUAAAUACAGUCGUAUUUUGUUAUUCAUAAUAUUGAGAGCGCAGAAACAUUUGAAGCUUACUGUUGGGAAGAUGAUGGAUCUUUCGCUACAAUGCUUCGCAAGUAUCAUGAAUUCUGCAGGAUCAUAUUUGUCGGUGUUAUUGGCAAUGCAAUAAAUGCCACACUCAUCUCGGCGAUUGUCAACAUUGACACUUUCAUAUAUAUUCAUUAUAUGAGAGAUAUAAACGCAUGCUCCAAAUAUACUACCAUAUACACUCCAAGAAAGUAUCAUUGCGCAUGAUUUCCGAUGGACAUAAGCCAUCGCCGACCUCCGUCCUGCGAGAUCGUACAUUUUUAAUGGAAAUUGUGCGCGAUACGGUGGAAGAACGGCCUUUCGAUUUCCUUUCCAUCCACAAAAUCAGCAAUCGUCCUGACAACAUGCGUUACAACUUCAACGUACAAUGAAAAUAUUUAAUGAGCUGCCCCCUGCCUUGUCCGACAGUGUCGACGAUGGUAGGGCGGCCCUCAGCAAGUGACUCUCGGUAUCUGUCAGUUUAUCUGCAGCGUCUACAGGUGCGCGUCUCAUAUCCGUAUAGAUCUGUUCUAUGACCGUAUCCAAGACUCCUAUGUUUCUUUCGUGCCUCGAUCAAGUUCCGAA